GGCUACAGAAGGAUGCACGGCCUGCCCCGUGCUGGUCCGCACUGUCCCCCGCCUGAGCCUGUGCUGCCCACCCGCCCGAACUCAUGACGCGCACUCCCGACCUGAUGGUGCCCCUGCUGGGCCUGAGCCUAGCACUCGCCCUGAGCCUGCCCGGAGCCGUGGCAGCCGACUGCGGGUCCCUCGGGCGAGUGGAGCACCUGGCAUUCGCUCCGGUGACCAGGACACGAGAGUUGGCCCCUCUGGUCCGCGCGUCGGGGUCCUUGGACUCCCUCUAUGGCACCGUGCAAAGAUUCCUCUCCGUGGUUCAGCUUAACCCCUUCCCGGCAGAGUUGAUAAAGACCCUGCUGAAUGAUCCAUCUUCUGUGAAGACAGAUGAGGUGGUUCGGUAUGAGGCAGGCUACGUGGUGUGUGCUGUGAUCGCUGGCCUCUACUUCCUGUUGGUGCCCAUCACUGGGCUCUGCUUCUGUUGGUGUCGCUGCCGCCGGCGCUGUGGGGGCAGAGUGAAGACAGAGCACAAAGCCAUGGCCUGCGAACGCGGCACCCUCAUGACCUUCCUGCUGCUCACCACCCUCGUGCUUCUGAUUGGUAUGGUCUGUGCUUUUGCUACUAACCAGUACACACACAGUCAGACAGGGCCCAGUGUGAAAGCUGUCCCUCAGACCCUGCUCAGCCUAAGAGGCCUGGUCUCUGAUGUUCCGGAAGAGCUGCAGGCCAUGGCUGAACAGUUCUCCGUGCCUCAGAAGCAAGUCUCAAAGGAGCUGGAUGGUGUCGGUGAGAACCUUGGGAACAUAAUUCAUAACCGGCUCAAGAGCACAGUGUACCAGGUGCUAGACUCAGUGCACAGUCUGGGCCAGGCCCUGCAGGUCUCCAUAGACCACCUUCGAGCCCUGAACACCACCUCAGUGGAGCUGCAGGAAGGUCAGCAGCACCUGGAAACACCUGUGAAGGCGCACCGGGAACGCCUGCUUGCCCUGCGUCAGGAGAGCUGGUGUGACGAGAACUGCAGGCGGGUGCUAAGCGAGGCCAACGCUCUGCAACUGGGUGCUGACUUUAGCCAGGUGCCCUCUGUAGAUGAUGUCCUGCAUCGGCUGAAGGGUGUCCCAGAAGCCAACUUCUCCAGCAUGGUCCAGGAGGAGAACGCCACCUUCAAUAACCUCCCGAUCCUGGUUAAAAUGCAGGUUGCCAGUGUGGUCAAAGAUCUGAAAAAGGCAUUGGCUGAGCAGCCUGAAGGUGUGAGUAUGCUGGCCCAAGCGUUCCCUGGUUCAGAGGCAGCUUCCCGCUGGAGCCAGGCAGUGGAGGGGCUGGAACAGCGCAGCCGCCCCUACUUGCAGGAGGUGCAACGAUAUGAGACCUACAGGUGGAUUUUGGGAUGCGUGCUGUGUUCUGCCAUCCUGCUUGUGGUGAUCUGUAACCUGCUGGGCCUCAGCCUAGGCAUCUGGGGGUUGUUUGCCAGGGAGGAUCCCAGCCACUCUGAAACCAAAGGCGAGGCUGGAGCCCGCUUCCUCAUGGCAGGUGUGGCCUUCAGCUUCCUCUUCGCAGCCCCCCUCAUCCUCCUCGUCUUCGCCACUUUCCUGGUGGGUGGCAAUGUGCAGACGCUGGUGUGCCGGAGCUGGGAGAGCGGAGAGCUGUAUGAGUUUGCAGACACCCCGGGGAACUUGCCUCCAUCCAUGAACCUGUCCUACCUUCUUGGCCUGAGGAAAAACAUCAGUGUCUUCCAGGCCUAUCGACAGUGUAAGGCAGGGGCAGUUCUCUGGAAGGUUCUACAGCUCAAUGACUCCUAUGACCUGGAUAAACACCUGGAUAUCAAACAGUAUACACACAAGCUUCAGCAGGAGCUUCAGAACUUCAGGGUAGAUUUGAAGGAUCUAGACCUGUUGCGCCCCACUGCCCGCCAGGACCUGGAGGCUCUGCGGAGUAGCGGGCUGGAGAAAAUCCACUACAGAGACUUCCUUGUACAGAUCCAGAAGCCUGUGGUGAAGACUGACAUGUGGCAGCUGGCGCAGAAGAUGGAAGGACUGGCCCAGGCCCAAAAUGACUCUGUACUGAGGCAGCAGCUACAGGAGGAGGCCAGAGAACUUAAAAGCCUCUACCAGGAGAGGGUUGUCCUCCAGGAGAGCCUUAUGACCAAGCUCAACCUCAGUGUCAGGACCUUGGAGUCCUCAGCCCCAGAUCUGCAGGUGGAUACCUCAGACUUUCUUGACAGGGUCGACCAGCUAAAAGGAGAGCUGCCUGUGCUUCUCAACCUCAUCCUGAGGAAUGCCACUGAGUGUUUCCUGACCAGGGAAAUGGGCUACUUCUCUCAGUAUGUGGCCUGGGUGAAAGAAGAGGUGACUCAGCGCAUUGCCACCUGCCAGCCCCUCUCUACAGCCUUGGACAAUGGUCAUGUGAUCCUGUGUGACAUGAUGGCCGACCCCUGGAAUGCCUUCUGGUUCUGCCUGGGGUGGUGCACCUUCUUCCUCAUCCCCAGCAUCAUCUUCGCUGUCAAGACCUCCAAAUACUUCCGUCCCAUCCGGAAACGUCUCAGCUCUACCAGCUCUGAAGAGACACAACUUUUCCAUAUCCCCAGGGUCACCUCCCUGAAGCUAUAGAACCCAUCGGGCAAGGUGAUCCCUGGGGACUUCCUGCCCUUCUUCCUUGUCUCAGCCUGGACCAGAAGACAUCUGUAACCUCUGUCCCAGAGCCCAGGCUGGCCUCUAGUGCUGGGCUGUCCCCUCCUCUUCUCUAUCUUACCCAGUUCCACAUUUGCACUCUUUUUCCUCGUGACCCAAAUCUCUCUCAGUCUUUACUGAACUACAGAGCUAACAGGUUCUUCUGCGUGUCUAGCCUUGUCCUCCUCGCUGUGGUAUCUCAGCAACAGGAAAGCAACAGGCUCUUCACCACCCAUGGGAGUUCUUUCUCCAGCCUUUAGACGGGACACACGGGACACAGCCCCCUCCGUUUACCCCAUUCCUUUCUCCCCUCUGCUAUCUAAGCUCCUCUCCCCUUGUCUAAGCUUGGUCCCCCACCUGCCCCAACACCCUUCUUGUUCCCUCCCCAGCCCAUUGCUUGUUCUCUCCAUAGGUCCCGUCUCCCUCUUGUCCCCUUUACCUUGUCCUUCCUGCCACCUUGCUUGCUGGCUCCCAGGCCUCCCUGCAUGGAACAAACUCAUGGUUGAGGUCAUGACCUCUGAGCCUUCAGCUCUCUUCUGGAUCUCCUGUUCCCAGUGGGGCAAGACAGGCCUGUCUGCGGGCUGUCUACAUCCUGGAUUAGAAAUACCAGUGCUGGCCAUAUCUUCUCUCUGAGCAUUGGCUCCUAAGGGAGAACCAGGGAUGUGGGCCACACUGGGCCUUUGCCUCACAGACAGUAGCAUGGGUGAUCCCACUGUCUGCCCAGGAUGAAUCUGGUGGUAAGAUCAGGGUUUUGCCCUUCCCCUGCCAUCCUGCACCUAUGGCCUGGGAUCACCCCUCACUUAUCUCUCUAUGGUUCCUAUGUGCUGGGCAUUGGGUCCAGAAAGGACAAAGAAAAGAGAGAUCAUAUGGACCAAUCUCUGCUCCAGUAACAGGUUCUUACUUUCUUAGGCUUUGGGUCUGGGUCUCUAAGGCAAAGCUCAGCAGACAAUUGGUAUUUAAUGAGCAUUUGUGGGAAGAAUUCCAAGGCCUCUCUAACUGCAGGCAUCCUGGGACUGCUAUAGCAACUCAGUGGGCAGAGCAGAGCCUGCCUUAGUCCUGUGAUUCACAGCCUGGUUCUGAUGCUGCUGACUGGGGUGCCUCAAACAUGUUACAUUGGUCCUCCAGGCCUCAGUUUCUUUUAUUAUACAAUGGAGAGGCUCUGUGGAGCCUGCGUAUAGGGUUGUGGAAGUCAAACAUGGUGAUGGGUGGAAACCUUUGACAGGCCUGACGCUGAGCCUGGGAGUUGAGAGCCAGGCUGAGGGCAGAGCCAGGGUCUGGCGUGAAGGGACGAGUGCCCUUUAUGGUGGUAACCCUCUCCAUCUCUGAGCAUGUUGAUGUGGAAUUACAUGAUGAAUGUACCCGCACCAGUUUUGCUGCUAGGACUAAGGAUGGUGACACCCAAUGUACGAAUGUACAAAGACUCCAGCAAGCACGCUCUCAGACAGGCGUCCCGGGAUGUGCUUUCUCCCCCUGAGAGGUUGGAAGGUUUUGUUUUGUUGUUUGUUUUUAGUUGUUACUCAUUUGUUUACUUGGGGUUGAGGAAGUGACACCCUGUAUAUUUUUUAAAAUGCAACUGAUUGGAUUUAAACAAAUGAAGUAAAAGCAAUUAAAAAUCA